UUAUCAUUUCAAGUUUUGUCAGUUUUCGUCAUUUGUUGGAUGAAAGGAGGAAUUGGAAAGCUUCCAUGAUGAUGUCCUUUACGCCUGGUGAACAACCAAAUAAGUAUCAAGUCCCCUUUGAUCCCCGAGAAGUAGAAGCACAAACUGCUUCUUCAAGUAUUGCAGGUGCAGGUAGUGGUGACUUUCAUACCUAUCGCAAGUUAAAACGAAAGGAAAUGGAACGUAUCUCGGAACUAGAAAGAGAAGCCAAAGAGGGAGAAGAAAAAGAGCAGUUCGAAAAGCAGAGACUUGAGAGAAUGAGGAAGGAAGAAGAAAGAACCUUGAAGAGAGCCUUAAAACGUAAGAAGAAGAAAGAAAAGCGAAAACAAAAGAAGGAAUAUACUCCGAAGGAGUUUAAUACGAUUUCGAAUGACUUGAACCACUCAAGUGCGGAUGAGAAAGAAUGCUGACGGAAGUUUUGUUCGAACAAACUGAUAAUUCUCUCGUAGCAAAUGAAUGCUGUUAUGGGGUAGGGAAGAAGUUUGUGUUACAAGGAAGGUUGAGUUGCUUUGUCCUUUUUAGCGACGUAGUGCAGGGAUAGAUUUGUUUCAUUGAAGUUUCCUGUAUAGUGAAUGGGACAACUUCCUUUUUAGAGAUUUAUAUGUUCGUUGCCUUUUAUUUCAGUUGAAAAGUGAUGGGAAUUGUACUAUUCAUUACGUUUUUUGCUGUUGAGAUGUUGAAUGGCAAGAAAAGUAAAGUCUUUUUGUAUUGA